GCCCCGCGGGUCUCCCUGGCGCGGAGAGCGGGGCGCGUACUCGUCUCUAGGCCGCGCCGCCCGCCGCGGUACCUGCCCCGUCUGCGGCCCUCUCCUCGGGGGUUCGGCCGCCGCGGCGGCCAGCGGGGUUCGUGCGGGACUUCGGGUCGUCGCCCCUCGUCGCACUUCCAGAUGGGAAUCUGGAGAGGCCAGGGCGCUGAUUAAGGUCAACGAAAACUUCUUCAUGGACGGAAGUAGGGUAACAGAAAGACUUGAAGGAACGGAUCCAAGAGCCGCAUCGCCCCAGUUGAAUGCUGUGACUGAGGACACGUGCACCAAUGGCUCUGCGGCCCCCGGGAGCCCAGCCCAGGCCAAGGGCCAGGAGGUGCGGAAGGUGCGACUCAUACAGUUCGAGAAGGUCACGGAGGAGCCCAUGGGCAUCACCCUGAAGCUGAAUGAGAGGCAGUCGUGCACGGUGGCACGGAUUCUGCACGGUGGCAUGAUUCACAGACAAGGCUCCCUUCACGUCGGGGAUGAGAUCCUAGAAAUCAAUGGCACAAACGUGACUAAUCACUCGGUAGAUCAGCUGCAGAAGGCAAUGAAAGAAACCAAAGGAAUGAUCUCAUUGAAAGUAAUUCCCAACCAGCAAAACCGUCUUCCUGUACUGCAGAUGUUCAUGAGAGCACAGUUUGACUAUGAUCCCAAAAAGGACAGUUUGAUCCCUUGCAAGGAGGCGGGACUGAAGUUUGUUACUGGGGACAUCAUUCAGAUCAUCAACAAGGAUGACAGUAACUGGUGGCAGGGACGGGUGGAGGGCUCCUCCAGGGGCUCAGCAGGGCUGAUCCCGUCUCCCGAGCUGCAGGAAUGGCGGGUGGCAAGUGUGGCUCGGUCCACCCCUAGCGAAGCUCCGAGCUGCAGUCCCUUCGGCAAGAAGAAGAAGUACAAAGACAAGUACCUGGCCAAGCACAGCUCAAUUUUUGACCAGUUGGAUGUUGUUUCCUACGAGGAAGUUGUCCGGCUCCCUGCGUUCAAGAGGAAGACCCUGGUGCUGAUCGGAGCCAGCGGGGUGGGCCGCAGCCACAUUAAGAACGCCCUGCUCAGCCAGAACCCAGAGAAGUUCGCGUACCCCGCCCCGUAUACAAGCCGGCUGCCCAAGAAGAGUGAAGAGGACGGGAAGGAGUACCACUUCAUCUCCACCGAGGAGAUGACCAGGAGCAUCUCUGCCAAUGAGUUCUUGGAGUUUGGCAGCUACCACGGCAACAUGUUUGGCACCAAAUUUGAAACAGUGCAGCAGAUUCACAAGCAGGACAAGAUCGCCAUCCUCGACAUUGAGCCGCAGACCUUGAAGAUUGUUCGGACGGCAGAACUUUCACCUUUCAUCGUGUUUAUCGCACCGACCGACCAGGGCCCCCAGACCGAAGCCCUGCAGCAGCUGCAGAAGGACUCGGAGGCCAUCCGCAGCCAGUAUGCUCACUACUUCGACCUCUCACUCGUCAAUAACGGCGUCGAGGAAACCCUUAAGAACCUGCAAGAAGCCUUCAACCAGGCGUGCAGCUCUCCACAGUGGGUGCCUGUCUCCUGGGUUUACUAAGCCUGCAGAGGGCGGAACUACCAUCCAACCCUCCAGCUUAUGGAGUUCUAUUCCUCUUGCUUUAAGACCAACAGGCUCGCCCCAGCUAGUUCUGUCAGCUUCCAGCUCUCUGCAAAUACCCUAAUUAGGCCAGUGGGCGUCAGUCUUGUUCAAGUUUCUGAAGGGCUGGGCUCUGAUUUGCCUGAUGGGCCCCAUCAAUUAGGAUUUCAAAAGGAUCUCUAGAAAUUGGGGGCCAAAAGUACCAUCCAAAUGCAGCUGCUAAUCAAAGAUGGUGCACGUGGGGAGGGAAGUAAUGGGCCCCGCCCCUCUAAGGCCUGCUCUCCUUUACCUUUAAUCACAUUUGUCUUUGCUUUGAAGAAAGCAGUUUUAACCGCAACUUUCUCAAACGCCAAAUGAAACAGCUGUGCAAUAGAAUGAUGUCUACUCUGGGAAACCCUCAAAAGCAAUAAAAGCAUUGCUGUAUUCAAAUGCC